CAGUGCCCAUCAGUGCCACAUCAAUGCCACAUAUCCGUGCCUACCAGUGCACAUCAAUGCCACCCAUCAGUGCCAGUCAGUGCCACCUAUCAAUGCCAAUCAGUGCCACCUAUCAGUGCUGCCAAUCAGUGCCGCCUAUCAGUGCGCAUCAGUGCCGGUCAGUGCCGCCUAUCAGUGCCAGUCAGUGCCACCUAACAGUGCCAGUCAGUGCUGCCUAACAGUGCCAGUCAGUGCCGCCUAUCAGUGCCGCCUAUCUGUGCCAUAUAUCAGUGCCAUGUAUCAGUGCUGCCUUUCAGUGCCCAUCAGUGAUGCCUGUGAAUGCCCAUCAGUGCAACCUACAAGUUCCUCCUCAUCAGUGCCCAUCAGUGCCACCUAUCAGUGUCCAUGAUUGCAGCCUAUCAG